CGGUGCUUCCUCCGGCUCCGAGUCGCGUAUAUAACUUGAGAUUCAAGAUUCGAUUAUUCCUUCAACAUUCAAAUAUGGUUUCCGUAAAGAGAAAAAGUCUUCUCGUUUCCUUCAAAUCUUAUUAUUUUUCAAUUCAAAAUCCCCUAUAUAUAGGUCUCGAUCGGAUCAUCUCCAACAUCUAACAAUUCACUAGGAAACACAAGCACUCUUAUACACAUACAUAUCCACCAUGAACAACAACAAGAAGAUGAUGAGUUCCGCAAAAGAGAGUGGUAACGGUACCACUAACAUUGUUAUAACAGAGACAAGGAAUAUGAAGGUGGAGAGGAAGGCAUCGAUGGACGUGGACAAGUGCGCUGAAGCUUUCAUCUCAAAGUUCAGAAAUCAGCUUCUUCUUCAGCGUCUCGAAUCCAUCGAAAACAUGCUCUCCCGAGGCCCUUAAUUAACACCAUUUAUCAAUAGUGAAUAUACACACACAUGUACUCUUUAUGUAUUACUUCUAUUUAUUUCUUUUCGUUGCUAUAUAUAUACACUGUUAUAAAUCAUAGGAUUCCAACAUAUGGACGAUUGAUUUAUAGCUUUAGAUCGUUUUUUUUCUAAGACCUUCUUUCUUUUAUAUGUGGGUUUCUUCUUUUUUUUUGUUUGGGUAAAAUCUCUGGUCCUUUUUAUUAUUACAAUAUAAUAAAUAUGUAAGGUGCCUUGGAAAUAUAUCAACUUUUUCAACCAAA